AUGAAAAGUGAUACAAAAACAUUUUUAAUUGUUCUAACUAUAUGUUUGUUACAAUUAGUUCAUAGCUUAAAGAAAGAAGACUGUGAAGUUUGUUUCACUGUUCUUGAAAGAUUUAGUGCCCAACUAACUGAUGAAAUGCGUGCAAAGCCCCAACUUAUUGAAGAAGAAUUUAAAAAGUUUUGUAAAACAACUGCGAAUAGUAAUAAUAGUGCGAAACUUAAAGAGAACAAAUUUUGUUAUUACCUCGGUGGGUUAGAGGAGUCUGCCACAAGUAUUCUGAGAGAUUUAUCAAAACCGCUGUCUUAUUCUUUACCAAUUGAUAAACUAUGUGAACGAUUAGCAACAAAAGUUGGAGGAAUAUGUGCUCUGCGAUAUGAAAGAACUAUUGAUUUAAAGACCGUUGACCUAAAGAAGCUUAAAGUGAGAGACUUGAAGAAAAUCCUCAGUGAUUGGGAAGAAGACUGUGAUGGUUGUAUUGAAAAAACAGAUUUUAUUAAGAGGAUAGAGUCCCUUAAACCAAAAUACUUAAAAGACGAAUUGUAA